UGUCAGCCAGUCAUUAUGCCUUUAUUUGGAGUGUGUUUUCCCACAAUUUCAUACAGGAACUUCUCGGAAUAUUAAUGCAAAAACAUCACUCGUUUAUAUUCCGGUAAAGGUUGUCAAUAAAAGAGUGAUUAACAGAUGAGGCAGUUUAUCGGUUAGAGUACUUGAAAAACUGAAUAUAGAUGAACUUUGGACGCGAGCUAAAAAAAAAUGCGUUAAGUUUCGUUCCUGAUUCGAGUCACGUAGUCCAAAGUACACAUGCAGUGGUUGCAGCACAUCGCACAUCGACAAAAACUGGCUGGAAAAAAGGCAUUCAACUGCGAUAUAACGAAACGGGACAACUGGGGCCGUGCAAGGGACUUUUUCAAGGCCCUACCUAAGAAUCAAAAUGCACUCAUCACUGCGGAUUCUCCAGAUUACUCUUGUAAUAACUCAAAUCACAACAGUGAAAGGAUCUUCAAGUACAACUGUUCUCACCACUCCUGUCAGCUCUGCGUAUUCGACAAAUGUUUCACCCUCAUCAUCGGUAAUACCAGCGCAGACAAACAGCAAGCCUGUCGUGUUAUCUUCAUUAGUUUCGCCGUACAGCAGCAACGUUACCGCCUGGUCAUCAGAAACGCCGGAAACGAGCAUCGUUUCUAGCAAUUCAAUGCAAACAAAGUCGCCGAUGACCAGCGUUCUUGUCAGUUCCUCAACGGAGCAAUCAACAGAAACAAACGAAGUCUCUUAUUCGUCUGCUGUAACGAUUGGUGUUUCAGCUGCUACAUCAACGAGGUCAGCGGCCCAGACAAGCGGCCCUUCUAAUUCUGUAAAGUUGUCGCCAUCAACGUCACAGGAGGUCAGCGUUACCGCCAAGUCAUCGGAACCGCUGAUGGCGAGCAGUGUUUUUGGAAAGGCAACGCAGACAGGGUCGCAGACGAGCAGUGUUCAUGUUUCUGGAAAGGCAACGCAGACAGGGUCGCAGACGAGCAGUGUUCAUGUUUCUGGAAAGGCAACGCAGACAGGGUCGCAGAUAAGCAGUGUUUAUGUCACUUCCUCAAAGAAGCUAGCAACAAACUCGAGUCCCUCUGGCUUUUUGACACGUCAGACACAGUCAAUGACCGCCAGCUAUUCGUUAAGCUCGGCUUCUCGUCAAAACAGCAGCGCUUCAACAACUGCUGAACCCACAACGACGAGAUCAUCCUCCAUCAUACAGAUGCUGACAACUUCACCUUCAGUUUCAAUGUCCGUAAACUGGACAGACUGGUCUGUCGACUCAAGUGAUUGUCAGAAGUAUUGUUCAGAGAAGGGCGGAACCGUGACAGCGAGCCGCCAAUGUUACUCGCACUCAAUAACGCUGGAAAGCAACGUUUGUUCCAAACACAACAUUUCAACUAUAAAGGUGGUUAAAUGCAAGAAACAUUGUCCAAUCUCAGGGAAAGAAGCUUUGAGAAGUUCCAUCCCCACAUUAGCCGUCAGCGUCUUGCUCGUCAUGUUGUCAUCAACAUGUUCGGGGUUGAAAGCUUAAUGGAAUUCACCAGGGUCUGAUUUCGUAGGAAGGAUGUGGACAGAGGAUGAAGUUAAUUACGGAGCCUGAAUUAGUGUAAUAUAGAUUUCAUGUUUUGUAGAGUCAAAACCCUUUUUUUAAAAGGUAAUUACUUAGGAUAGGAUAAAGAGCGUUAAAGUACAGACUUCUCGAACCCGACCACGUAAAAAUCUAUUCUAGGCAAGUAAAAGUGUUUCUAGCUUGAAUUUGUAAACUAACGAUUUCUCCGCAUUGUAUACGCCACGUAUCCUGUCCUUAGUGUCAAUUUAUAAUAAUUAACAAAUAAAACAUUCAGCUUGAAAACUCA